UCUUCGAUGCCGCACUUCGAGACGGCGUCCUCAUCAUCACCAAGAGCAGCAGGUGUAGAUGCUAGCGACGACUCUUAUGAUGCAACUGCACGAAUUUUGGUAUUGGGUGAUAGUGCUGUCGGCAAGUCGUCACUAUUAAUGCGAUUCUGCGAAAAUCGCUUUGAUUCGAAUUUUGUGAUCACCAUUGGGGUUGACUUCCGAGUGAAAACCCUGGACAUACAGGAGAGAAAAAUUCGCUUGCAAAUUUGGGAUACAGCUGGACAGGAAAGAUUUCGGACGAUUACUCCGGCGUACUAUCGUAACGCGAUGGGAGUUUUGCUUAUCUAUGAUAUGACAGAUCUCAAAAGUUUUAAAAAUGUGGACUACUGGGUUCGUAAUCUGGACCAACAUGCAGAUAAGACUGUUCAGAAGCUUCUAGUGGGGAAUAAAGCAGAUAUGGCAGCUAAACGGAAAGUGUCUACGGAAGAGGGACAGGCUCUCGCUGAUAAAUACGGAAUGACUUUUUUCGAGACUUCUGCUAAGAGUGGUCUCAAUGUGGAGGCAGCAUUCAGGGCGAUUGCAGAGAGGGUGUGUGAGAGUUAUGAUUUGUUGAGUGGUGUUCCCUCACGAGCACACCAUGAGGGGUCGCUCCCCAGCUCUAACACGGUUGAACUAUCGGACCGUCGUGGGAAUGGGGGACCCUCUGUGUCGGGUUCAGACAGGAGGAAGUGUUGUUGAAUAUGACAUUUAUGACUGGCUGCUGAGUGUAUGUGUGUACGGUCCAUUGUAAUCACCAUUAGCACUUGGGAAUUGCGGUUGUGCCUUA